AGGUCCCUCAUCUCAUAUGAACUAACUACAAAGGAGGAAUGGCCUGUGCUGUUGGAAAGGUCAAUAGCCAGAUGGCGACUCGGAAGGGCCAGAUCCUCCAAAUUAUACAUUUUCCCAUCCGCAAAGCCAAACUCGACACAUAGCUUCGGCUCCCUCCUAAGCAUCCAGGCCAGGAGAACAGCGUCAAAGUGAUUCUGGUCUGGCGGCAGUAAGGUAUGCGGGUGAGUCCUGUGCAUCGGGCUAAACAACUUAAUGACCGAAG